CAGUGGGGACAGACCUGAUCUGCGCUGAGUGGUGCUGUGCUAAUCCAAACCAAUGUUCAGUACAGAGAGAGAGACAGAUAGAUGAAAGCGGAGCAGAGACAGAGUCAGUGCAGACGGGAUUAACAGCUGAAACAAACUGGACCUGUCUUUCUUUCUUUAGCUGAAGGUAGAAGCUCAGCAUUAACGUGGAUUGCUGUUCGCCCAGAGCUUCAUGCUGGUCAGGAACCAGGACAGAAAACUAUGGCAGAUGUACCGAGACUCUCUCCUCCGUCGUGUAAUGUAUUAGCACAAUGACAAACUCAUAUUUGUGCUUAGUUUUGUUAGGUUUACCUUGGACUUGUGGACUGCUGUGGGAGUCUCUCUUGCAGUGACAUUGACCCAUAACCCCAACUCUGCUUUGCAGGAUCCGUCUCCCCUGGAGUUGGACUCUAAUUUUAGCUUUUAACUCCUGGAACAGGAAAGAGUUUCUCACUUUUGCAAGGAGGGAGAUAUCUAGUGAGAACAAGUCUGGAUUGACCCACCAGCAUUUAUUCAUUACCACAGGACAACAGUAACAGCAUUAAUUCUGCUACACCAGAUCUGAAACUGACUGCACUGGAGUAGAAUAUUUAAAGGACCUGUCCGGCCUCUAUUGCUCCAAGACCAUGGGCUUUCUCUGGGGCAGCAUUAUGCUGCUGUUUGGGAUGGUUCUGCUCAGGAUGGAGGGCAGCAGAGCCCAAGAGACCAAAACCAAGAACAACGUCCCCCGGCUAAAACUCUUCUAUAAAGACAUGUUGGAGUCGAACAACCUUGUGACGUUUGAAGGUCUGGCCAACAGUUCAUCCUAUCACACCUUCCUGUUGGACGAGGAGAAAGGAAGACUCAUCGUAGGAGCCAAGGACCACAUCUUCUCCUUCAACCUCCUCAAUAUCAGCAAAGACUAUGCACAGAUCCCCUGGACAGCUUCUCCCACCAGAAGAGACGAAUGCAAGUGGGCAGGAAAAGAUCUUUCGAGGGAGUGCUCAAAUUUUGUCAAGGUGUUACAGCCGUUCAACCAAACCCACCUGUAUGUGUGUGGGACCGGAGCCUUCCACCCUGUGUGUUCUUACCUGGAGGUGGGCAAGAAACCAGAGGACAGUGUGUUCAGACUGGAGCCUCACGUUGAAAAUGGCCGGGGGAAGAGUCCCUAUGAUCCCAAGUUGCUCACUGCCUCCAUGCUACUUGAUGGAGAAUUGUACGCUGGAACGUCAGCUGACUUCAUGGGGCGGGAUUUUGCCAUUUUUCGAACUCUUGGCAAGCAUCAUCCAAUCAGGACAGAGCAACACGACUCCCGGUGGCUGAAUGAUCCCAGGUUUGUGGGCAUUCAUCAGAUUCCAGAGAGUGACAACCCAGAAGAUGAUAAAAUCUACCUGUUCUUCAGAGAGAAUGCCAUGGAUGGGGAGCAUGCUGGGAAGGCCACACACGCUCGCAUCGGACAGCUCUGCAAAAAUGACUUGGGAGGUCACAGGAGUCUCGUAAACAAGUGGACCACCUUCUUGAAAGCUCGGCUCAUUUGCUCGGUGCCUGGCAGUAACGGAAUAGACACCCACUUCGAUGAACUACAGGACGUUUUCCUCAUGAGCACAAAGGAUCCAAAGAGCCCAAUCAUCUACGCAGCUUUUACCACUUCCAGCAACAUUUUCAAAGGUUCGGCUGUUUGUAUGUACAGCAUGACAGACAUCAGGAGAGUGUUUCUCGGUCCUUACGCUCAUAGAGACGGACCCAACUAUCAGUGGGUGCCCUUCCAGGGACGUGUUCCGUACCCACGGCCUGGCACAUGUCCAAGCAAGACAUUUGGAGGCUUUGAUACAACUAAGGACCUUCCUGAUGAGGUUGUGACCUUUGCCAGAAGCCAUCCUGCCAUGUUCAACCCUGUCUACCCUAUUAACAACCGACCAAUCAUAGUCAAAACAGAUGUGGACUACCAGUUCACCCAGAUAGUGGUGGAUAAAGUAGAAGCUGAAGAUGGCCAGUAUGACGUUAUGUUCAUCGGCACAGACAUCGGGACGAUUCUGAAAGUGGUAUCAAUCCCCCGAGGCUCCUGGCAUGACCUGGAGGAGGUCCUGUUGGAGGAAAUGACUGUGUUUAGAGAGCCAACAGCCAUUACAGCCAUGGAACUUUCAACCAAACAGCAACAACUGUACCUGGGCUCAGACAUCGGCGUUUCCCAGAUGCCUUUGCAUCGGUGUGAGGUUUAUGGGAAGGCCUGUGCCGAAUGCUGCCUGGCGAGGGACCCGUACUGUGCAUGGGAUGGCGCUGAGUGCUCCAGAUACUUUCCAAUGGCCAAGAGGAGAACAAGGAGACAAGAUAUCAGGAACGGAGACCCACUCACACAAUGCUCGGAUCUGCAACACAACGAUGAACUGAAUGGGCCAUCGAUUCUGAAUAAAACUGUGUAUGGAGUGGAGAACAGCAGCACUUUUCUCGAAUGCAGUCCCAAGUCUCAGAGAGCCCUGACAUAUUGGCAGUAUCAGCGUUCCACUGACGACCGCAAACAAGAGAUGCAAUCAGAGGAACGCUUCAUCCGCACCGAACAGGGGCUGCUGAUUCGCACACUUAACAAGAGGGACUCAGGCAUCUAUCUGUGCCAUGCAGUGGAGCACGGCUUCAUGCAGACACUUCUGAAGGUGACCUUGGAGGUCAUUGACACUGAGCGCCUGGAGGAUUUGCUGCAUCGUGACGAGGAGGCUGCAGCCAGUGCCCCAACCCUGGAAUUUUCAUCACCUCGAGAAUCUCCAAAUCGAAAGCUGUGGUACAGAGACUUCUUAUCUCUGGUGAAUCACCCAACCCUGAACACCGUGGACGAGUUCUGCGAGCAGGUUUGGAAGAGGGAGAGGAAACACAGGAGGCAGAAAGCCCACCUGGUGCAGCAGGGACAAAUGCACCAGCAGCAGCAGCAGCAGCAGCAGCAGCAGCAGCAGCAGCAGAAGGUGCUGGUGAACCCUCACACCCACAUGCACGCUCAGGGGCUGGCAGCCAAGUGGAAACACCUGCAAGAGAGGCAGAAAGGCCGUAACCGCAGGACCCAUGAACUGGAGAGGGCGCCCCGCAGUGUCUGACCCAUAAACCUUAACUUUUAGCACCCAAAACCUGAAACCGCACCCAGUUCUCAUUCUGUAUCCCCGAUUAACUUACCCAGCUUCUAUCUUCAUAUUAAGAUAAAGACUUUUCCCACAAAGAUUGGAUAAAAAGGUUUAACUGGAAAAAAAAGGUAAUAUAAUUCCCCCAUGUGCUGGCUGGUGUGCUUUAAUGCGUGGGCAGCCAUAUUUAUGGUAUGCCUGGACAGAGGACUGCAGGAAACAGGAUGUUAUAUCACAUCAGACCAUCAGAGCAUAUUAUCUCAGCUGGCCUCUGUGGCCUGAGCACUGCAGAGGGUCAGUGUCAACCCGCACACAAACUGGAUACAUACAGUAUAGGAAUGACUCCACGUCCAGAUGGCUGUGUCGAUGGCAUCGUCGCAUGGCAUGCUAUAGGUGUCUUUGUCUGUGCGAAACUAAAUAGACACCUACACAUACCCGAUAACUGCUUUUCUACUUCACAACUAUGAACCAAGAGGAAACGGGAUUGUAUUAAAGACAAGUUUGGAGAGUAAAUGGACUCUGAAAAUAAAGCACAAGAUGGGAUACUUGGUCAUUUCUGGUAUUAAUCAUGGUUAAAUCAGUGGACACGAGAGAAGACAUUAGCCCAAGCACUGCAAGAAACUGGGAACAACUGUCACUGUUUGUUGACGUAUAUUACUAUGUAGCUAAGAUGUGUAAAUACUGUAAUCUAUUACGUCUCCUCCAACUAAAGGGAAUGGCUUGCAGUUGUUGUGACUCUUCGUAUCGUUUCCCCAGAUAGAAAUGUAUUUAAGAGAAAGUCUUGUUUUUGAGCAGCAGUUGUAAGCAGGGAGAUUUUGUACCAGUCUGUGUGUGUAUACCCGAGAUAAGCUUCACCGUACAAGACGGGUGUUUAUGAUUCUGUUCUGUUUUUGAACCACCAGAUUUCUUCCAGUGUCAUUUACAGGCCGCCAUCGUCCGCUAACUGCAUCGUGUCAAUGCACAACAUGUUGAUUUAAGUAUGAUUUGUACACACUUCGUUUCCACUACAUGUGUAUUUAUUGAUAUACAAUAAUGUACAUUGUGAAAAUAUUGUUUUUGAUUUUCUGGCUUUUAUUUUGCAAAUUAUCAUUUGAUUUGAUGGAUUCGAUUAAUUGGACCAAUCACUUUAAGUAACUGUGUUAUCAUAGAUACUUGUAAGACUGGAAGUUAUUGAUCAAUACUGAUCAAUAUUACAGGCCUUAUACAUCAAAUGCACUGAGCAAUAACCCAAUAUCCAUUCUUUUGUGGUGUCAUAUCCAUAAUCCUCACAGGCUGUGCAGUGUCAACUUCAUUUUACUGUAUGUACCAUAAAAAAGACAUUUCUGGUAAUAACAAUCUGCUAUCCAUUAAACAAUACACACACACACA